AUGCUCGGCGCUCUCUUCCUCCUUGUGGCGCCCCUGGCGGCCGCUCUUCCGCCCUAUGUCGUGGAAACGACCGUCAGCCACGACCGGCGCGACCUCCCUAUCGUCAACGCCUUCGCCGAGCGGCCCGUGGAAAACACCUACAUCGCCGUCUUCAACUCGACGUUUGGCACCGAGGCCAUCGACGCCCGCAUCUCGGCCAUGUCGAGCACCAUCCAGAAGCGCAACCUCAACAAGCGCGGCCUCGACGGCAAGUACCUGUCCACGGAGAUGAAGUCCAUCACGCUCGGCGACUGGCGCUGCGCCGCCUUCCAGGGCGACGCCGACAUGGUGCGCGAGUUCAACGGCGCCGACGAGGUCGCCUACGUCGAGGCCGACACGUGGUACAAGACGACGGCCGCCAUCAUGCAGACCAACGCCCCGCCCGGGCUGAACCGCAUCUCGCACGCCCGCGCCGGCGAGCAGGGCUACAUCUUUGACGAGUCGGCGUGCGAGGGCAUGACCGUCUAUGUCGUCGACACGGGCGUCCGCGUCGACCACGUCGAGUUUGAGGGCCGCGCCGUCAUGGGCGCAAACUUUGUCAACAACGUCGACACUGACGAGAACGGCCACGGCAGCCAUGUUGCGGGAACCAUUGCCGGCGCCACUUUCGGCGUCUGCAAGAAGGCCAAUAUUGUGGGUGUCAAGGUCCUCGGCGCGGACGGCGCCGGCCAGAAUCAGGGUAUCCUGCAGGGCAUGCAGUUUGUCCUCAACGACGUCAAGAGCAAGGGCAUCCAGAACAAGGCCGUCAUGAACAUGUCGCUCGGCGGUGGCUUUUCGCAGGCUCUGAACCGCGCCAUCGCAGCUCUGCUGGACGGCGGCAUCGUCCCCGUUGUGGCUGCCGGCAAUGAAAAGCAAGAUGCUCGCAACACGUCUCCGGCGUCCGCUCCCCAGGCCAUCACCGUGGGAGCCAUCGAUGCCACCAACGACCAGUUCGCCAGCUUCUCCAACUUUGGGUCCGUCGUCGACGUCAACGGUCCCGGCGUCAAGGUCCUGUCCGUCGGCAUCGCCUCCACGGUGGCCACCAACGUUCUCAGCGGUACCAGCAUGGCGAGCCCCCAUGUUGCCGGCCUUACCGCAUAUGUCAUGGGGCUGACGGGCCGCCAGGCGAGCGAAAUGUCCGACAUGCUCAAGAGCCUGGCCAGCAACAGCCCUGCGAGGGUGAAGAACAUUGCCCAGGGCACCAGCCCGCUCAUUGUCAACAACGGAAACCUGUCGUAA